AUGGCUGGGACCAACAACACUCCUGUGACUACACCAAUGCUUGCGACCAACACAACUCCUGAGACUACACCAAUGCUCAUGACCAACACAACUCCUGAGACUACACCAAUGCUCAUGACCAACACCACUCCUGAGACUACACCAAUGCUCAUGACCAACACAACUCCUGAGACUACACCAAUGCUCAUGACCAACACAACUCCUGAGACUACACCAAUGCUUGCGACCAACACAACUCCAGAGACUACACCAAUGCUUGCGACCAACACAACUCCUGAGACUACACCAAUGCUCAUGACCAACACAACUCCUGAGACUACACCAAUGCUCAUGACCAACACCACUCCUGAGACUACACCAAUGCUCAUGACCAACACAACUCCUGAGACUACACCAAUGCUCAUGACCAACACAACUCCUGAGACUACACCAAUGCUUGCGACCAACACAACUCCAGAGACUACACCAAUGCUUGCGACCAACACAACUCCUGAGACUACACCAAUGCUCAUGACCAACACCACUCCUGAGACUACACCAAUGCUCAUGACCAACACCACUCCUGAGACUACACCAAUGCUCAUGACCAACACAACUCCUGAGACUACACCAAUGCUUGCAACCAACACAACUCCUGUGACUACACCAAUGCUUGUGACCAACACAACUCCUGAGACUACACCAAUGCUUGCGACCAACACAACUCCUGAGACUACACCAAUGCUCAUGACCAACACAACUCCUGAGACUACACCAAUGCUCAUGACCAACACAACUCCUGUGACUACACCAAUGCUUGUGACCAACACAACUCCUGAGACUACACCAAUGCUUGCGACCAACACAACUCCUGAGACUACACCAAUGCUUGCGACCAACACAACUCCUGAGACUACACCAAUGCUCAUGACCAACACCACUCCUGAGACUACACCAAUGCUCAUGACCAACACCACUCCUGAGACUACACCAAUGCUCAUGACCAACACAACUCCUGAGACUACACCAAUGCUUGCAACCAACACAACUCCUGUGACUACACCAAUGCUUGUGACCAACACAACUCCUGAGACUACACCAAUGCUUGCGACCAACACAACUCCUGAGACUACACCAAUGCUCAUGACCAACACCACUCCUGAGACUACCCCAAUGCUCAUGACCAACACAACUCCUGAGACUACACCAAUGCUCAUGACCAACACAACUCCUGAGACUACACCAAUGCUCAUGACCAACACAACUCCUGAGACUACACCAAUGCUCAUGACCAACACAACUCCUGAGACUACACCAAUGCUCAUGACCAACACAACUCCUGAGACUACACCAAUGCUCAUGACCAACACAACUCCUGAGACUACACCAAUGCUCAUGACCAACACAACUCCUGAGACUACACCAAUGCUCAUGACCAACACAACUCCUGAGACUACACCAAUGCUCAUGACCAACACAACUCCUGAGACUACACCAAUGCUCAUGACCAACACAACUCCUGAGACUACACCAAUGCUCAUGACCAACACAACUCCUGAGACUACACCAAUGCUUGCAACCAACACAACUCCUGAGACUACACCAAUGCUUGCAACCAACACAACUCCUGAGACUACACCAAUGCUUGCAACCAACACAACUCCUGAGACUCCAAAUGUCCCUCACAAUUCAACUCCUGCCCAAACUACAAACAGCUCUGUUGUCACUACAGUUUUUGAAACUGCAGGUACAACUAUCUCAACAUCCACUGGAGGGGAACCUGUAUGCUUGUCCUUUUCUCUGUGCAUUGCAACUAUGAUUUGUUCAAUCCGAGUAUUAUUGUUCAAUGAGGCAAAUUGAAAUGUAUGUAAUUGACUUGAUUGUG